UUGUAGCCAUCACCAACGAAUAUAGAAGCAGCCAAACCUGUGUCUUUUGCUUUGGUCAAGUGACGAGACCACUCACUCCAAGCGGUAGCAAAGUCCUUGGAGUUUCGAGAUGCCUGAACAGCAACUGUCUGGCAUUUCAGACUGGUCGAGCUUGCCAAGGCAGGGACACACAGGCUUCUCUCGCCAUUGCUCUUGCUGGCCUAUCUACAAUCAUAGAUGGUCAGCCCCUUGCACCUUUCAACUCUCGCCUUGGACAAAGAUAAGACAGACUUAGUGUUGCAUUCAGUCCUUGUUUCGCAUUGCUUCAUUUGCUUCCGUUUCGCAUCGCUUCUUCAUUUGCUUCGUAAUAGAAAUAAUAUGUUUCAACAUCCAGCAGCAAAUUGA